AUGGUGGAAUCGGUGACACAUACGUUUACGAUGGAGGAGGUGGGUAAUUUAUCUACGGAAUCCGUCUUUUUAAUAACUAUAGCUUAGCUUGCCUCUUCGUAUAAACAGUACAAGGAACUUAAGCCCCAUACAUUUAUUGUACAUGCAAUAAUCUCACUGUAUUUUACACAAAUAUGUGCACAAAAAUAUGGUGCUGUGUGGAAUUUUUACCACUGAAACCUUCGAACGAAGGCUGAUUUGCCGGUGAUACUUUCCCUGGAUUGCAGGAAUGAAAAGCCUCAGACUCAUUUGCAUCUCAAAACCUUAAGUAACAAAAGAAUUUUUAAAUUAAACAGCACAUUUGAAAAAGCUUAUUUAUCAGAUAAUUUUUUUUACAUAAUAUCCGAUAAACAAUAUACUUUCAAUAUUGCACCUAGCUCUCUCGAGGUUUCCAAGAGUUAAUUUUUUGGUAAGAUCAUAGUUGGGAUAAAAAGGUUUUGCAAGAUUUAUUUCAAGAGAUCAAGCUCAUUUGUUUUCUUUAAUUUGGCACUGGAAAGAACAAGUUCGACUGAGAAACUACGGCUGUUUUCAAUCAACUGAACAGAGGAAAUUAAUAAAGUUUGCCCAUUAUACAGGUGUGUAAGUUCCUUAGAGGAAGAGAAGUGGCAGAAGAGGUGAUUCUGAAAUUUCAGGAGGAAAAGGUGUGUCUUUAUGUUUAUUUUAGCACAUGCACUAUCAAGUGCGUUCUUUGAAUUUUAUCUUGUCCCAUGGUGCAUUUGCAUUGCUCAAGCGGUGGGGAAGCAGACUAGUUGUGAGGUUACAGACCAGGAAUGAUCAUUGCUGAAGGGAAUAUCUGGAGCAAGUGUGCUUUUCAUCAGCAUGAUACCUAUAAAUGACAAAAGGGUGAUUGUCAUUGCCUAUUAAGUAUGCAAAUACAGCCGCCUCUCUUUUUUCUUUGAUGCUGGUGAUAUGUCAGCCCCAAAAUUUCAUACUGACAAUGAUGUUUAUCAAUUUAUGUUUAUACCGGCAGUUUCCAUUGGAAAGUGGAGUGCUGCAAGUAAAGCACAUGCUACCAGUAGAGUUGUUUUGGGCUGUCUUGUCAAUUGAAUGUUAUUUAGAUAAAAAAUGAGAUUUUGGGGUCUGAAUAUAACCUUUUCCAGUCAAUUUUAUCAUACAAAAUGUAUAAUGCUGCUACUCAGCUCAGUAAAGUGGUCAGACAUGUUAGUUGGAUUGUUUUGAUGUGGGAGCUUUCCCCUACUACAUGAUGGAAUGUGGUAUUUUAAUAAUAUUAUGAUCCAUACACGGCAAACCUUUAAGUACUGGUGUUUCUAUCUGUAAAUGCCUUUACAUGCUGAUUAAACAUCUGAGCCCCAAAAGGCGUGAGACUGAUACAAUAAUAACACAAUAGUAUUUUUAAAAUACACAUUUACUAUAUAAGGAAUCAUUACAGUCGUGAAAUCAUUCAACAAGACAAUUAUUGUUUACUAUAAUAAUAUUCCUAUUGAAUAAAUAGAGGUCUUGUUUAUGUUACAAAAUUAACACAUUUCAGUUCAUUUCUCUGCUACUACAAAAAAGUUUUUCAGAUGUCAAUGAAUAUGUAAUGAAUGUCAAGGCCUUGCUGCCUGAAUCACUUUGUCGCUAAUUUUUUAGAUUUUAUUAGUUUAGUUGUACAGCAUUAUUUCAUGAAUGCCACACUGAAUAUGUUAGAAACAUGUACACAUUAAGUGACUGGCUUCUGAUAUAUAUGAAUAGUAGUGAUGAAUAUAGCCCACUUUGAAGAAUUUGUUUAAUACAGUUUUGAAAAAUCUAUGAAGUUUAAUGGGACAAAAUGUUAAAAAAUUUCCACAAUAAAUUCCUAUUUUUGAUAAACGAAUCAACUUUUUUCUCAUUUUAUUAUUAAUUUUUGUUUUAAUAAUGUUAUAAAGGACCACUUUGAAAUACCCAGCUCCGUAUUUUUUUGUACUUGUUUCAAUUUGUUACUUUCAAUUUUUUAUUUCAGUUUUGGAACUAAUAUUUUUGCUAAUAGCUUAUCUGACUUCUAUGCAAACAUGUUUUUUACCUACAUCAUGUUUGCAAGCAAACAUUUUUCAGUGUUUUUUCUUCCCCCCAUCCAGAAAAAUUAAUAAAAGUCUGUCCCUUAUUCUAAAAAAGACUGUGCUCUCGAAUUUAAUUUACUGCUCCCUUUUUUUUUCAGAUGGAUGUGUGUGCUAUUAUGAAAGUAGAUGAUGAGUUACUGAAGGAUAUGGGCCUGUCAAAAGAUGGAGACAGAUUGAGUCUCAGAGGUUUCUGCCGUUCUCAUAGUCAAUCAGAGAAAACGGAAGAUAAUCAAAGCAAGAAAAGAAGACUUCUUGAAGCCUUUUUUGAAAAAAAGAAAGGAAAGAAAGCAGGCCCUUCUCAAAAAUUCACCGGAAGAAGCCACACUUCCAAGAUAGGAAGAUCAGAAAAAAAGAAAACUAAAAAGGUGCAGCUGGGAUGGAAACACUUUGAAGAAGAGGAAGAAGACCAUGUCCUGGUGCCACUGUCGAGGGGAGGGGGAAGCCGUCAAGUAGAACUACCACUGUCAACUAACAAGUAUGAGUUAAUGAAAACUUGUAAGGGUCUUUUUUUCCCAGAUGGGAAAUCCACUUUUGGGAAAGAAGAAGAAAUGACUUUUGAUCUAGCCAACUUCAAAAAUGAGAAAAUUGAAGUCACUGUCAAUAUUGAUGGAAAUGAGCUCCCUUUCAAUAUCAAUAACUACAUUGAUGCUCAUAAAGUAAAGAAUGUGAGAAUAUAUCUAUUGUCCCAAAAACUUUUUGACUACGAUAGCGAAGAAGAUCCUUUACCAGUGAUGGACAUUAAGAGUGUCGAUUGUGGAACAGCAUUAAGUGGCUUAACUGAGGAAAGAAAGGCAUUGAGGCCUUCAACAGUGAUGGACAUUAAGAGCGUCGACAGCGGAACAGCAUUCAUUGGUUCAACUGAGGAAAGAAAGGCAUUAAGCUCUUCACCAGUGAUGGACAUUAAGAGUGUCGAUAGUGAAACAGCAUUAAUUGGCUCUACUGAGGAAAGAAAGGCGUUGAGGCAGGAACGGGACAAAGCAUACCAAGAGUCCUUAAAUGCUAACAGGCAGAAAAAGAUCCAUCAAGAAAAUGAGGCCGCAGAAGUUGAACGAAGGAUGACAAUUCAGCGAGCUAGGAGUGCAAGAGUGCCCCCAGAGCCUGAUGACAAUUUUGUAACAGUUAAAGUCAGACAUCUUUCAAUGGGUGUGUGUGCUCACGACGAUUUCCAUCAGGUGCAAAAAUGUCUGCUGUUUAUGAUUGGGCAGGAUCCUUGA